UCUCACCGCGACAAGUUUAGAACGUGACAACAGGAUUUGAUCUGUAUAACUGUUGUGGAUUUGCCCAAAAGCGGAACUAUCAGACUGCGGAGAAAUAGUGGAAAGUAACGAAAAUAACGAGAAGGUUUCCCGAAGGCAGUUAUUCUCCUAGUCUGCUCUUAUUUGUGUAUAAAGUUGUAAACCAUGCAUUGUUUAAAAAUAUUACGGGUGACCAACGCAGCAGCUGUUCAAGCCUUUGUGACAGACGCCACUAAAAAAGUUAUCAAAAAGUGUUUUGAUAACUGUUUAUUACCGGGUUGUCAUCGUACCGUUAAAAUUCACUGUUUCAACACAAGUUCAACAGAUCAGCACCGUAUUGGAACAACCUCAGAUAUGGACCACGUGCUUCCCAAACUGAGCAGUGAUGUAAAGGGUCUGUUCUCAGGAGUUGAAGAUAUGCUUUUCUACACCAUCACAGAGGGUCAGGAACAAGUCCCCGUCUCACACUUUAUCUCUGCCCUGAAGAAGACUGGUCUUAAUUCGUCAGACCCCCGACUGAAGGACUGUAUGGACAAGCUGCAACGCUCCGUAACGGAAUCCUUUCAUGACGUCAUGAUGGACCGGGAACUCUUCCACAAGUGUGUUGGUGGGAACAUAGUGCUUCUGAUUCAGGCCUUCAGAAAGAAGUUCAUCAUCCCUGAGUUUGAUGCCUUUGUAACAAAGAUAGAUCAAAUCUACGACACCGUCCAGAAAAACCAUGACGGACAUGUAGCAGUCUACAUUCCCCACCUGGCCAAGUUCAGUCCUGAUCUCUGGGGUGUGUCUCUGUGUACUGUGGAUGGACAGAGACACUCAGUAGGAGAAAGCAAGCAGCCCUUCUGUCUCCAGUCGUGUGUGAAACCUCUGGAGUAUGCUGUGGCCAUCCACGAGGCUGGGACAGAGAAGGUACACCGCUAUGUGGGGAUGGAGCCCAGCGGACUCAAGUUCAACAAGCUCUACCUGGAUGAGGAAGACAAACCCCACAACCCCAUGGUGAAUGCUGGAGCCAUUGUCAUCAGCUCUCUUAUCAAGCCUGGCUCAAACAAGGCAGAGAAGUUUGACUAUGUGAUGGAUUUUAUCAAGAAGAUGGCUGGUCAAGAGUACGUGGGAUUCAGCAAUGCCACGUUCCAGUCUGAAAAAGAAACAGGCGACAGAAAUUUUGCAAUUGGAUAUUACCUCAAAGAGAAGAAGUGUUUUCCUCGUGGGGCAGAAAUGAUUGAUGCACUGGACUUCUACUUCCAGCUGUGUUCCAUUGAGGUGACCUGUGAGUCUGGGAGUGUCAUGGCCGCCACGCUGGCCCAUGGGGGCAUCUGCCCAAUCACAGGCGAGCGGGUACUGAGUGCCGAGGCCGUACGGAAUACCCUGAGCCUCAUGCACUCCUGCGGCAUGUACGACUUCUCUGGGCAGAUGGCCUUCCAUGUGGGCUUGCCUGCAAAGUCUGGGGUGUCUGGAGCAGUUCUGUUGGUUGUCCCUAACGUCAUGGGAGUGAUGUGUUGGUCACCUCCUUUAGACAAGGUUGGAAACAGUGUCCGAGGAAUACACUUCUGCCAGGAGCUGGUGUCUUCGUUUAACUUCCACAACUAUGACAACCUGAGACACUUUGUCAAGAAGCAGGACCCCCGAAGACAGGAUGGGGAUGAUAGGAACAAGUCUGUGGUGAACUUGAUGUUUGCGGCUUACAGUGGAGAUGUGUCAGCCCUCAGAAGGUUUGCUCUGUCCUCGAUGGACAUGGAGCUGAAAGACUAUGACUCUAGGACAGCUCUACAUGUGGCUGCAGCAGAGGGUCAUGUAGAAGUGGUACGGUUCCUAACAGACACCUGCAAAGUGAACCCAUUUGUGAAAGAUAGGUGGAGCAGCAUUCCCCUGGACGAUGCCCUGCAGUUUGGCCACGGUGCCGUGGUGAAGGUCCUACAGGAGUACCAGGUGGCUUGCCAGGAACAGGACAGACUACCAGUGGCUGAUAUCAUACCCAUCCCCCCCAAACUAGAGACUGUAGAAGGCAUGGUGUGAUCAGGGGGGCCGUUGGUAUCAAGCUCUACAAUUAGGAGUGCUGAUCUACCAUCAGUUUGGCGUAACGAAACAGAUAAUUAUAGACAUUGAGGACCUGAUCCUAGAUCACCACUCCUACUUGAUAAAUCAUUAGGCCCCAAACAGAAGAAAAACGUACUGAAACAUGGAGGGACUUCAAAUCCAAUAACAAACGCUCAUUUUAGUUUUCAGUUGCAAAUGGUAGUGUCCGAAGUGGCACUCUAUUUUAUAUAGGCCUUUAGUGCAUUCGUUUUGGUUAGUAGUGUGUAUAAGGAAUAGGGAUGCCAUUGGGGACGCAACCCUCUCCACGCUUAGAAAAAGGUAUCUAGAACCUAAAAGGGUUCUUCGGAUGUCCCUAUUGGAGAACCCUUUGAAGAACCCUUUUUGGUUCCAUUUAGAACUCUUUUGGGGUUCCAUGUAGAACCCUUUCCACCGAGUGUUCUACAUGGCACCCAAAAGGGUUCUACUUGGAACCAAACAUUUUUAAACCUGGAACCAAAAAGAACCCCUUUGGAAACUUUUUUCCCCUAAGAGUGUAGUGUUACUCCUUCCACCGGGACUUGUCUCUCUGACGUCCCUGGGUGUGUCCCAAUAAUAUCUACUUUCUCCUGAAGUGUACACUUGUUCACUACUUCCCACAAAUCUAAAAGCAUUGGAUUGGUGGAGGCGUGGGCUAGUGGGUGUUUCCACCUCAUUUCUUAUACCAGUCAUUGUUCUUCAAAUCAGUGAAAUGCACGCUUUGGGAGGAAGGAGAGAUCUUUGGGACAGACUGCCUAUCUUGUAUGCAAUAUUUACUCCUCUCCUAGGCUGGACUUAUAUACAGGAGGAGACCUGAGAGUGAGGCUGGACAUGUACAGGAGGAGACCUGUGAGUGAGGCUGGACAUGUACAGGAGGAGACCUGUGAGUGAGUGUUGGAGAAGUUCAACAUCAUGAGCGGGACGUUCAGUGUUCUAUGACGAAAAAUUUGUCGACAUUCUAUUUUUCCUGACUAAAACUAUGCCUAUAACGAGACGAGGUGCCCUCGAAAAUAUAACUAUGACAAAUGUUUUUCUUCGUUUGAGUUGAUGAAAAUGUAAUGAGAUUUGACGUGACGCCCUUUUAAUCUGUUUUGUCCAAUCAGAAGCAUGCAUACCUUUGCAGAAUAUUUAAUUAAAUUCUCUUAUUGGCUGAUAACAUC